CGGGUUCCGAGCGACUGCAUAACCUGGUUCUAUGGUAAGAAAUGAGGGACUCUGGACUGCUGAUCUACUCGCCGAUCAUUGGAUUUGCAAAAGAGUGCGGCAGAAUGUCUUUCAAAUGCAAACAACCUAUAGCUAUACACCCUGCUCAGCCAUGGGCGUCAAGCAUAAUAGAGGUACGUUACGAGAAAAAAAUCAAAUGGACGGUACCUUUUUGAUCGAGCAGCGUGCUCACCUGCAAUGUUCUCAACAAUGGUAUCGUCACCUUUUAAAUUCAAGGCGUUCUUCACCCGUCAUACUUUUCCAUUAUUGGCAACCAUGGUCACACAGUCCCUUAUUCUCGGUUUUGGAUGGGGCUUUAUGGGCGCCCUCUGGUAUUACCAGUACAUGGCCCUCCCGGAUUGGACAGUCAAAUUAAUUCUCGAAUACCCAACGACCAUGACUUUGGUGGUAUCUCUAAUCUCCACUGUAUUGUCUGUGAUCACGACAAGCCUGCUCGCAUUCUCGAUGAAGGAGGCUCUGAGGCAUGACUUAGCAAAGGGCAUCUCGCUGUUCGGGCUCCGCGCUGCAAUUGCGCUGACGAAACCGACUUGGAUUAUCUGCAGAGAUAAGAGACACUGGAAGUACGUUUUGCUCACAGGCACCGUCUUCGCGAUGAUGACUUUUCUGAAUUCCUGUUGGAACACGCUGCUCUUGCCAACGCUGAUCGAGUGGUCAGUCACACUAUCAGGAACUGAACUGGACAUUAGCAACAGUGCCUUUAACGAUAUACUGAGUGCGCUUUUGUUAAACAAUUCAGCUCAAUCUACAUAUACCAAGGCAUUCGAAACGUUGGAUAUUACUGCCCUCUUCAGUGGCGCUUCUGCCGCAAGUUAUGAUGCCGGUGUGCGCACAAGCAGUAUCUUUAAUUAUAAUGGAGUCUCGUACAGCGAGUCGACAAAUGGUCUUCUCCCUGCUGUGAAUGAUUCUGAUUACAGCGGCUCUCCUGUUGCCCAGACCGCAGUUGGACUUGCUUUUACCAGUGGUUUCGUGCCAAUCAAUACAACAAUUGACUUAGGUCGCCACCGUUUUGGUUCCCCUCCCCAGGGUCUCGGAAAGAACUAUACCGUGACCCAGCAAGGCCUCACUGCAGAGGUCAACUGCCAAGAGCGGAACAUUUCUGUAUACUCUUAUAGCGCCAAUUCGAAUAACUUCUCAGUUUCAUUUCCCACUGGAGACAGCAUCGGCUUGACGAUGUGGGAAGUGGUAACAGAGUGUCCAAAUGGAAACAGCUCUAUGUUAUACUCGACCUUUGCAAACGCGACUACUCUUGACAUGAACCCCGAUACUGAGGGCUUUCUUCCAACAGUCGUGUGUCCGCAGCCAGGCGCUCCAGGUUUCAGCCCGUACACGUUCGAUAUUCUAAUGGCAGGCCGUGCUAAAUAUGCGUUCCUGCCUACAACGGUCUGCGAGGUCGUACUGUACGUGACGACAGUGGACGUCACAUAUGAUCAAGGAAUUGUUUCGGCAGCGGUAACUGAUCGUCGUCCUUUCGAAGACUCGAACAUGGCCCUCACUGAGUUCAUUGCGAGUGCGAUCAUGUACCAAGCAGAGAACAAUCAAGGCUUCCAGGCCAAUGUUAUCGGGGACUACUUGACUGCUUACGUUGAUAGCAACUCAACGGAUGCCAUUUUCCGUCAAAUGGAAGACUAUUGGCGCGGGGUGGUAGAAUUCAGUGGCACAUUUUUGAGAUCUGGUUUCUCUGCCACCGGCGGUCUUCCCUGGACAGAAAUACCUUCCCACAUGUCUGUUGUCACGAAUGGCACCAUGUUCGUUAACACGUAUGGCUGGGAAGAAGGGCGUCCCAUCUACCUGUUCCUGUUUGUGAUCUUCACGCUCAUUUGGCUGGUAACUGUCAUUGCCGCUGGAUUCAGCUUGAGGAAAGAACUGCAACAUCCGCGGGGAGGCGGUGUCAUGUUUGACUACUGCGACCCCAUUCACCUCAUCACGGCUGCUGCGGCUGGUGGGCUAGAAGGGAAGCUCUAUGGUCUUGAGCACCCUGAUUGUUUGAAGAGGAAUGAGGAGAUUGAGAUUCGGUAUGUGGAAGAGGGGAUUAGCCAGCAGGGAAGGAUGGUCAAGAAACGGCUAGAGGUGGUAUCUCGUCCUGAACUGCAGCCUACCAUGCAGAUGCCGGUGCCGGAACCGCACCAUAAUACCUUGCAGAUACAGGUGCCGGAUUUACGUCGAUGGCACAGUAACUUCAUAUAGCGAGGAUGCAUGAUGGAUUUCAUUACAUAGUCGGCCGGCGGCAGGAACAUGGCUGGAUCCGAAAUACUGCUUCGAUGACAGCGUCUGUACCGAUUCAUCGAGCUGCAUGUUCCUUAUUCAUACUCAGAUAUACCGUCUCGUAGUCAC